GAUGCCGGCGGUCUCUGCUGAAGAGAGAAGAUGGCGCUUGACGGGCCAGAGCAGGUAUGGCGGCUGCAGUGGCGGCCCGGCAGGUUACGGGGCUGGGUGCGGAGCGAGCGUGAUCUAAGUGGAGAGCGGGCCGGGGCAGGAGGGUCGGGUGGGUCAGAGGUGGCUGGAGUAGUCCAGGCUGGACGCUGCCUGCGACUGGAUCUGCUGUGUCAGCGCCGCCCUCGGUGAGUCAGGGCAAGGCUGGGAGAGGAAUACGCGGUAGAAGCGGAGUGAGUGAGGGGAGCGAUGGGCGCGGGAACGGCCGGCCCACGGGUCGCAGGAGACGGGACGCCAGUCCUUCGGCUCCGUUCCGCUUGCUCCGUCGGCAGUAACGACACCUCGGGCUUGUAGAGCGCUUCACGCAGUGCAAAGCGCCCCCGUGUAUAUCAUAUCGCCUCUCGGUCCUCCUAAAAGCCGUACAAGAUGGAACUGGAGGAGGGGAAGGCAGGCAGCGGACUCCGCCAAUAUUAUCUGUCCAAGAUUGAAGAACUCCAGCUGAUAGUGAAUGAUAAGAGCCAAAACCUCCGGAGGCUGCAGGCACAGAGGAAUGAACUAAAUGCUAAAGUUCGCCUAUUGCGGGAGGAGCUACAGCUGCUGCAGGAACAGGGCUCCUAUGUGGGGGAAGUAGUCCGGGCCAUGGAUAAGAAGAAAGUGUUGGUCAAGGUACAUCCUGAAGGCAAAUUUGUUGUAGACGUGGACAAAAACAUUGACAUCAAUGACGUGACACCCAAUUGCCGGGUGGCUCUAAGGAAUGACAGCUACACUCUGCACAAGAUCCUGCCCAACAAGGUAGACCCAUUAGUGUCACUGAUGAUGGUAGAGAAAGUACCAGAUUCGACUUAUGAGAUGAUUGGUGGACUGGACAAACAGAUCAAGGAGAUCAAAGAAGUGAUCGAGCUGCCUGUUAAGCAUCCUGAGCUCUUCGAAGCACUGGGCAUUGCUCAGCCCAAGGGAGUGCUGCUGUAUGGACCUCCAGGCACUGGGAAGACGCUGUUGGCCCGGGCUGUGGCUCAUCAUACGGACUGUACCUUUAUUCGUGUCUCUGGCUCUGAAUUGGUACAGAAAUUCAUAGGGGAAGGGGCAAGAAUGGUGAGGGAGUUGUUUGUCAUGGCACGGGAACAUGCUCCAUCUAUCAUCUUCAUGGACGAAAUCGACUCCAUCGGCUCCUCGCGGCUGGAGGGGGGUUCUGGGGGGGACAGUGAAGUGCAGCGCACAAUGCUGGAGUUGCUCAACCAACUGGAUGGCUUUGAGGCCACCAAGAACAUCAAGGUUAUCAUGGCUACUAAUAGGAUUGAUAUCCUGGACUCGGCGCUGCUUCGCCCAGGGCGUAUUGACAGAAAAAUUGAAUUCCCACCCCCCAACGAGGAGGCCCGGCUGGACAUUUUGAAGAUUCAUUCUCGGAAGAUGAACCUGACCCGCGGGAUCAACCUGAGAAAAAUUGCUGAGCUCAUGCCAGGAGCAUCAGGGGCUGAAGUGAAGGGCGUGUGCACAGAAGCCGGCAUGUAUGCCCUGCGAGAACGGCGAGUCCAUGUCACUCAGGAGGACUUUGAGAUGGCAGUAGCCAAGGUCAUGCAGAAGGACAGUGAGAAAAACAUGUCCAUCAAGAAAUUAUGGAAGUGAGUGGACAGCCUUUGUGUGGAUCCCUCCAAUAAAGCUCUGUGGGCCAAGUCC